AUGGGCAGUCUAAGCGAUCUACCGUAUUGGCAUGUCAACGUACCAGAGGCAGAGAGGACAAUAGAAUGCCCUGAAUUUCUCCGCAAUCUCAGCCUCAAAGAUGAGCGUGUCAUCAGUACCCCUGAUGACCAAUGCCAUGUUCUUACUUGGGCAGAAGUCCAGAAAAUCGUCGCUGAAAAUCGCCUCGACGCUUUCCAGAGACUACCAUCCGAUUUAAGGAGAUACCUGUGCUUCAAUUGGAAGCUGAAGCAAGACUAUGGCAGCGUGAUGAACUUUGUUCUGAAUGAACGGCUCGGAUGGCAGGUUCCGAUGGUUCCUAAAGGCAGGCCCUUUGAGUUCGACGAAGACAUCAAGACUUUAUGGAACGACUGGCCUUAUGGUCUUGACAAGAGGAUAGUACAUCUUGUCGUGUGGACGAAGUUUGAGCUGGAGGAUGAUCCCGCGACUGACGACCUUACCGAUAAAGCAAGAAAGGAAAUUGAUGAUUAUGUUUCACGAAGCUUUGGGUCGAAGUUAUCAAAAGACAACUAUGUUUGGUUCAAAAACUGGAAGUCCAUCAAGUCAGUACACGCUGUCGAACACUUCCACGUCAUGCUGUUCGAUCCGGAUCCCGAAUUUAUUGACGACAUCACAAAUGGUGAUGUACCACUUGUCCGAAAGGUUUGA